CCUCCUCUCCCGUCCCCGCCACCAACUUUCCAAAUCCCAUUUGGCUUUCCAGUGUCGAUUCGUAAUGUCGGAGUGAAUCAAAAUAGACGUACCUUGGGGGAAGCGACCUGGAAAUGUGAGUUAGCAAGGCUCCCUACCUAGCUGCAGUCCUCCCUAUCCAUCCGGAUCUUACCUUGGGGGGGAUGAGGGUCGAAAGCGCCCGGCGAGUGACAAAGCUCAUUUUGGCAGAGGGGUAAUCGCGGCUUUCGCGCGAUUUCGGAUUCGAUACAAGAAGGAGUCGGCUCGGGUCGAAUGGAGCGAAGUGUCGUCGUCGUCGGCAACGAUUGACGGAAUUGAGCUGUUAAGGUCCAACUGGGAAGGGCUGCGGGAAAACGCAAGGUCCCCAAUCAUCCGGCUAGCAAGAAUGUUGUUGCGCAAAACGGUUGUUUCCGGUUGGCCAAUCAGAGCACCAAUAGUGGGGUCAAAAGCCGCACCUCGACGCAAGGUCCCAGUCAAGCCAGCAGCUCUGACGACCUGUGAGUUCGCCCCCAUCGAUUGAAGCUUUGCGCUGGAAGCUUGCGGUGCGAGCUUCACUUGUCCCUCACCUCGACAACGACCACAGCCAUCCUCGUCAGUACACCAACAUAUAAUGGCCUCAUUACGCCCCUCCACGGCCGCCGCCGCCGCCAGACUGCUGCGCACAGCAACCUUCUCACCCCGAUCGAGCAUCCUCCCCGCCUCGCGCCGUUUCGAGAGCUCUACCCCCUCGUCCUCUUCGACCGCCGUGGCUCCCAAGCAAGCCAAGGCAGAGGACUUGGCCCCUGUUCAGCGGAAUGCGCCUGACUAUGACGUUCCUGUUGACCAGGCCACUUCGAUGUUCACCCCAGUACCCAAGACCAUUCAGGAUGGUUCCGAAGAAAACCUCACUCUCCCUGCCGGCCUAAUCUCUGGCGCCCCCCUAGAGCUGCAAGCCCGUACAGUCCGUAUCUACCAACCCUCCAAACCAGCCACCCAAUCCGGCACCGCCAAGGGCUCCCGCUGGCGCAUGGACUGGGACGUCCUCGGCAAGGGCCACAGAUGGGAGAACCCCCUCAUGGGUUGGCAGUCCUCUGCCGAUUCAAUGCAGGGCACCCACCUAACAUUCAAGUCCAAGGAGGAUGCUAUUGCCUUUGCCGAGAAACAGGGAUACGAGUACUUUGUCCAGGAGCCAAACACCCGUGCCUUCACACCCAAGGCGUACGCCAACAACUUUACCUACUCGCCCAGUAAGUUGAAGAUCGUCAGGACCAAAUAAGAGGGGGGAAGAGCGAGGCUGGGCGUCAAUGUACAUAUCACGGAACAAGAAAGGGGUUACGGUGUGAUCAUGCAUGUUGAAGCGGCCAAUGUGUGUUGUUGUAGUUAUAGAAUGGUCAACUGAAAAGAACUGGAGUAUUUUUGACGCGCAA